UGUUCAAUAUUAUAUUGUAAUACAAAGAAAAGGAUACAGAGAAAAGAAAACUUUGUUUUAAACAUAUUUUCAACAUGGAUUUAAUUAAAGAAAAUGAAAAUAUACUACUAGUGUGGGAUUCUUCGUUUGAUUUGGAAAAUUCUGACAUUGAUGCAGAAGCUCUGAAAUCCAAAUAUGACGCUACUAUAAAAUUCGAGAAUGUUCUACGAUUAAACAUAAGUUCGUACAAGGAUUCAACAUUUACAUUAAUCAUAUUAAAAGUGAAGGAAUGCUUGGACAUACCAUUAUUAGCAACUUUAUUAAAACUACUGAAACCAAGUGGACGUUUUGCUGUAACACCUCAUAAUAAUCCAAACGAUUUAAUCGAGAGUUUGAAAUUGGCGGGAUUCGUUAAUAUCAGCACUACAGAAAAUGAUGUUGUAGCCGAAAAACCAAAAUACGAAGUAGGUUCGGCAGCGAAAUUGUCAUUUGGUAAAAAAGAAACCUCAACCAAUAAAGCAGCAAAUGUUUGGAAACUAACUGAUGAAGACAAUGACCUGAUCAAUGAAAAUGAUUUGCUUGAUGAAAUAGACAAAGUUAAACCCGAUCCAACAAAUUUAAAAGUGUGCGGAACAACCGGUAAACGAAAGGCAUGCAAAGAUUGUUCAUGUGGUCUAGCAGAAGAAUUAGCAGUUGAAGGUUCAUCCCCAGGUAAAAAAGACCUAGCAAAAUCAUCAUGUGGAAGUUGUUAUUUAGGUGAUGCUUUUCGGUGUGCAACCUGUCCAUAUCUCGGUAUGCCCGCUUUCAAACCUGGAGAAAAAGUGCAAUUGUUGCAAAAUUUUGAUGACCUAUGAAUUGGACAAAAAAUGAUAUUAUACAAAAUAAAACACAAUUGUCAUUAUAUUAUCAUAAAUAAA